CCAUUUUUGAAUAGAUGAGAAAACUCAACCGUCUCUCUACUCUUCUACUACAGUAAUAACGUUACUUCUAUUUUUGAAAACAAAAACCAAACCUUUGUAAAGUAUCAACCUUUAUCGCUCCAAUGGCGAUGAGAGAGCUCUCGGAGGUUAAAAGAGGUUGGGACGAUGAAGAAGAAGUGUGGGUCAAACACUAUUCGUCAAACCAUCAGAUACUUCUCGUCGGCGAAGGAGAUUUCUCAUUUUCUCGCAGCUUAGCCACUCUCUUCGGCUCUGCUUCCAAUAUCUGCGCUUCCUCUCUCGAUUCAUACGAUAAUGUGGUUAGAAAGUACAAGAAGGCAAGAUCAAACCUUGAAACUUUAAAGAGACUUGGAGCAUUCCUUCUACAUGGAGUUGAUGCAACUACACUGCAAUAUCAUCCUGAUCUUCGUUAUAGAAGAUUUGAUCGUAUCAUUUUCAACUUCCCGCACGCCGGUUUCCACGGCAAAGAGACUGAUUCCUCUCUUAUACGGAAGCAUAGAGAACUGGUGUUUGGAUUUUUCCAUGGUGCAAGCCGUUUGCUAAGAGCUGAUGGAGAAGUUCAUGUCUCUCACAAGAACAAAGCACCUUUCUGUAACUGGAAUCUGGAGGAGCUAGCUAGCAGAUGUUUUCUUGUGUUGAUUCAACGUGUGGCGUUCGAGAAGAGCAAUUACCCUGGUUAUGAGAAUAAAAGAGGAGAUGGGUCUAGAUGUGACAAACCUUUCCUCUUGGGAGAGUGCAGUACUUUCAAGUUCAAAUUUUCUCGUGUGGCUAAGGAGCUUUACGCAGAGAAGGUUAGAUGGAGAGAAGUGAAGGAACAAGAAUCAAGUUUUCCUCAAGGUUUUGUAAAUUUGCAGCCAGUGCCAUUUGAUCAUGGGUAUGCCCAACAAACUGAAUUUCACGGUGUUAGCCAAAGAACAGUUUCGUUUGAUCUCAGCUAUCGCAGGGACUAUAACCUUAGGCAAGUCCAAGAUCCUUGUGUUCAAUCAAGACAAAGAACAUCUCCAUUGGAUCUUUGUUAUGAACAAGAACAUAGAUAUUCACAGUUUGAGGAUCCCCAUUUUGCUCGUGUAAGGAACCAUGCCCAGUUUCAUGGCAACUCAUUAAUAGAGCUGGAAGAGUACAGAUACAUUGACAGAAGCAGCCUGCCUUUUCAAGACGCUCCUUUUCAAACAAAUCAUCGACAUCAAGAACAAUCCAAUGACAGUUCUAACCGCCUCAAUGGAGUUCCGCUUAAUAGUUAUGAGGGUAUGAUACAAAGAAUGCUGAAACGGACAAGGUUUCCUCAUCUGUACGCUGAAGAAUCACCAGAAAGACACCGCCUGCUUUGUCAAGACUUACCAGUUCAAGCUAGUCAAGAACCGCUAUUCGAAUGCUUUAACCGCUCAAGUGGAGUUUCUCAUGAAAGUUAUGGCUGGGAAGUACGAAGAAUGUCAACAAGUAUCAGGUUUCCUUAUCCGUACACUGGAGAAUCACAAGAAGAAAGCUUGACUAGGCAGAGCUACCUCAACAUUCAUCCUCCACGGCACUGGAUACGUUGAUGGAAGCAAGGUGGCUGAAUCUUGGACUGACUCACGAAUGAACCUCUAAGGAUGGUGUAAUUUAUCGUAUGUUCUGUUUAUUAGCAUGGCAGUAAGUUAACUUCUGACAACUCAAAACUGUGAUGAUCUCGAUAUGGAGAUGAUAUUUUGGGGCAAUUUUCUGUGUAUAUUCAAUUAGACUUUCGAAGAACGUGCGGUAGAAAUGAUUGUGACUGUAAGUCUUGCGACUUGCAUUGUCUUAACUCUUUAA